CAUCCCAAAGUGGGGCACUCAGCCUAAACUCGUCUAAUAGUCCAUUGGUCUGUGAUCAUACUAACAGAUACAAACCUACUUGUUUUGUUAUUGUUUGAAAGUUUGAAUAUUUUCUGUGUGUUGACAUGAAGCCAGCAGUGGUUCUGCUGGGCCUCGUCCUCCUGCUGGACACCACCUUCGCUGCAGAGGAGUCCUGUGUGGGUCGCUGUGGCACCUUCACCCCGAGGAGCAAAUGCCAGUGUGACUCCAUGUGUGUGUAUUAUGGAAGCUGCUGUGAGGACUUUGACAACAUCUGUCCCAAAAAAACUGCUCGAGGAGACAACUUUGAAGAAACACAGGAUGUAACAGAAGCAGGGACCACUGCUGAUGAGUCCACUAUGUCCCUUCCAUCAACAAUUGCACCAACAGUUUUUUUCUCUCUGGCUCUUCCACCCAACACCACGUAUGGGCCCACGUCACAUGUUGACCCUGAUGCGGAGCCCUGCAGUGGUCGACCUUUCGAUGCUUUCCUGCAGCUGAAAAAUGGCUCCAUCUAUGCAUUUAGAGGUGAAUAUUUUUUUGAGCUGGAUGAUAAAUCCAUACUUCCUGGUUAUCCCAAGCUUAUCCAGGAUGUGUGGGGCAUCUCUGGACCAAUCAGCGCUGCAUUCACACGCAUCAACUGCCAAGGGAAAUCCUACAUCUUUAAGGGUAAGAAGUACUGGAGGUUUGAUGGUGGUGUCUUGGAUGAGGCGUACCCACGGGACAUUUCUGUCGGCUUUGAUGGCAUACCAAAUGACGUCGAUGCAGCAUUUGCUGUGCCAGCACCAAGUCACAAUGGAAAGGAGAAAGCCUACUUUUUCAAAGGGGAUCAAUAUUACCAGUAUGAGUUCAAGUACCAGCCUUCCCACGAGGAAUGUGUUGGCAUGAGCAAGGCUUCCCCAUCUUUGCUGUUUGCACGAUACACAGACCUGUACUGUGAUCAGACACUUGAGGAUCUCUUCGCAGAGCUCUUUGGCCCAUCCUUCUCUAGCCACAAUGUUGGUCCUCACUAUAUCAGUAGGGGCUGGCAGGGCAUCAGGCCCCCUGUAGAUGCUGCAAUGGUAGGACGAGUCUACCUCACUCCCAAGCCAACAUCUCCUCCUCCACCAGCAAGAAGGAAGAGCAGUCGGAGGAGGAGGCCCAGCAGAAGGCGUGGUCGGCAACAGAGGCGGCAAAGUCGCUAUGUAUUUGAUGAUUUGUGGCUCCAUGGUGAUUGGUUUGACUUUGGAGAAGACUACAGUGACAUCACUGAUGAAAGCACCACACCAGAGUUUAAAAGCACCCCAGUUCAAAAUGUUUACUUCUUCAAGAGAGAUAAGUACUUCAGAGUGUCUCUUCAGACAAAACGUGUGGAUGCUGUCAUCCCUCCUUAUCCGCGAUCCAUUGCAAAGUACUGGCUGGGCUGCAAACAUGAGGAGACCCCUGAUGCAGCGAGAGAAGAAAAGAAAUAGGCCAGCUGAAAUAAGAGAAAAAUCCUAUUUUUUUAAGCACAUCUCUUUGCAACGAUUAGAAUAUAGGCUUUAUGAUAAUACUGCCUGCUUUGUUUUUUGUUGUCGGAGAUUAUUAAAAGUAUUCCACAGGUAUCCCUUUGAAGAUGGAUAUGCUAAAAUCAUGCAUGAUUUCAUAUAGUUUAGAUUUCAUUGUUGUGAAUCUUUUAAUGUUCUUGUCCAUUCUUUGUUCUACCAAUAGCAUACAUCAUUCAUUCCUUGCAGAAAUCAAUCACUAUUUCAACUUCUAAAACUCUAUUGUUUCAGAAAAUGUACUAUAGUGUGUCAGACACGCAGUAUGUGCAUUCACUUGCCUGACGGAUAGUAUAUCAUUUUGCAUCUUACAAGAAUAAAGUUUUACUGCAACAA